AUGGAAAUGGUGAACAUUGAAGGAGAUAUGUGCAGAUUAGAAAACUUCAUCAAGAAUAGAAGAAAACUAAGCAAAUAUGAGGAUGAAAAUCUCUGUCCUCUGCAUCACGCAGCAGCAGAAGGUCAAGUUGAACUGAUGGAAUUGAUCAUCAGUGGUUCUUCCUGUGAAGUGCUGAAUAUAAUGGAUAGUUAUGGAAAUACCCCACUGCACUGCGCUGCUGAAAAAAAUCAAGUUGAAAGUGUGAAGUUUCUUCUCAGCCAAGGAGCAAAUCCAAACCUCCGCAAUAGAAAUAUGAUGUCACCCCUUCACAUAGCUGUGCAGGGGAUGUGCAAUGACGUAAUCAAGGUCUUGACUGAGCACAAGGCCACUAAUAUCAAUUUAGAAGGAGAGAAUGGGAACACAGCCUUGAUAUCCACGUGUGCCAAAGACAACAGUGAAGCUUUGCAAAUUUUGUUAGAAAAAGGAGCUAAGCUGUGUAAAUCGAAUAAGUGGGGAGAUUACCCUGUGCACCAGGCAGCAUUUUCAGGUGCCAAAAAAUGCAUGGAAUUAAUCUUAGCAUAUGGUGAAAAAGACGGCUACAGCAGGCAGUCUCACAUUAACUUUGUGAAUCACAAGAAGGUCAGCCCUCUCCACCUUGCAGUUCAGAGCGGUGACUUGGACAUGAUUAAGAUGUGCCUGGACAAUGGUGCACACAUCGACAUGAUGGAGAAUGCCAAAUGCAUGGCCCUCCAUUUUGCUGCAACCCAGGGAGCCACUGACAUCGUUAAGCUCAUGAUCUCAUCUUAUACUGGAAGCAGUGAUAUUGUGAAUGCAGUUGAUGGCAAUCAGGAGACCCUGCUUCACAGAGCCUCAUUAUUUGAUCACCAUGAUCUGGCAGACUACCUAAUUUCUGUGGGAGCAGACAUCAACAGUACUGAUUCUGAAGGACGCUCUCCACUUAUUUUGGCAACUGCUUCUGCAUCCUGGAAUAUUGUGAAUUUGCUUCUUUCUAAAGGUGCCAAAGUAGACAUAAAGGACCAUUUUGGGCGUAACUUUUUACAUUUGACUGUGCAGCAGCCUUAUGGGCUAAGAAAUUUGCGGCCUGAGUUUAUGCAGAUGCAGCACAUCAAGGAGCUGGUGAUGGAUGAAGACAAUGAUGGAUGUACCCCUCUCCAUUACGCCUGUAGGCAGGGGGUCCCUGUCUCUGUAAAUAACCUCCUCGGGUUCAAUGUGUCCAUCCAUUCCAAAAGCAAAGACAAGAAGUCGCCCCUGCAUUUUGCAGCCAGUUAUGGGCGCAUCAACACAUGUCAGAGACUUCUGCAAGACAUAAGUGACACAAGGCUUUUGAAUGAAGGAGAUCUCCAUGGAAUGACCCCUCUCCACUUGGCAGCCAAGAAUGGACAUGAUAAAGUCGUUCAACUUCUUCUGAAGAAAGGAGCCUUAUUUCUCAGUGACCACAAUGGCUGGACUGCUUUGCAUCAUGCAUCCAUGGGUGGGUACACUCAGACCAUGAAGGUCAUUCUUGACACUAACUUGAAGUGCACAGACCGGCUAGAUGAAGAAGGGAACACAGCACUGCACUUUGCUGCACGGGAAGGCCAUGCCAAGGCUGUCGCAAUGCUUUUGAGCUACAAUGCUGACAUCCUCCUGAACAAGAAGCAAGCUUCCUUUCUGCAUAUUGCACUACACAAUAAGCGCAAGGAAGUGGUUCUCACAACCAUCAGGAGUAAAAGAUGGGAUGAAUGUCUGCAAGUUUUUACUCAUGAUUCUCCAAGCAAUCGAUGUCCAAUCACAGAAAUGGUAGAAUACCUCCCUGAGUGCAUGAAAGUUCUUUUGGAUUUCUGCAUGAUACCUUCCACAGAAGACAAGUCCUGUCAAGACUAUCAUAUUGAAUAUAAUUUCAAGUAUCUCCAAUGCCCAUUAUCCAUGACUAAAAAAGUAGCACCUACCCAGGGUGCGACAUAUGAGCCUCUUACAAUCCUCAAUGUCAUGGUCCAACAUAACCGUAUAGAGCUCCUCAACCACCCUGUGUGUAGGGAAUACUUAUUAAUGAAAUGGUGUGCCUAUGGAUUCAGAGCCCAUAUGAUGAACCUAGGAUCUUACUGUCUUGGUCUCAUACCCAUGACCCUUCUUGUUGUCAAAAUACAGCCUGGAAUGGCCUUCAAUUCUACUGGAAUAAUCAAUGAAACUAGUAGUACUCUCGAGGAAAAAGUAGACACUCUGAAUUCCUUUCCAAUAAAAAUAUGUAUGAUUCUAGUUUUUUUAUCAAGUAUAUUUGGAUAUUGCAAAGAAGUAGUCCAAAUUUUCCAACAGAAAAGGAAUUACUUCCUGGAUUACAACAACGCUCUGGAAUGGGUUAUCUACACAACCAGCAUCAUCUUCGUGCUGCCCUUGUUCCUUGACAUCCCAGCAUACAUGCAGUGGCAAUGUGGAGCGAUAGCCAUAUUCUUUUACUGGAUGAACUUCCUACUGUAUCUUCAAAGGUUUGAGAACUGUGGGAUUUUCAUUGUUAUGUUGGAGGUGAUUUUUAAAACAUUGCUGAGAUCGACGGGAGUGUUUAUCUUUCUUCUAUUGGCUUUUGGCCUCAGCUUUUACGUCCUCCUGAAUUUCCAAGAUGCCUUCAGCACCCCAUUGCUUUCCUUAAUCCAGACGUUCAGCAUGAUGCUAGGAGACAUCAAUUAUCGAGACGCCUUCCUACAGCCAUUGUUUAGGAAUGAGUUGGCAUACCCGGUCCUGACUUUUGGGCAGCUCAUUGCCUUCACAAUGUUUGUCCCAAUUGUUCUCAUGAACUUACUGAUUGGUUUGGCGGUUGGGGACAUUGCUGAGGUCCAGAAGCAUGCGUCAUUGAAGAGGAUUGCUAUGCAGGUGGAACUUCAUACCAACUUAGAAAAAAAGCUGCCAUUAUGGUACUUACGAAAAGUGGAUCAGAGGUCCACCAUCGUGUAUCCGAAUAGACCCAGGCACGGCAGAAUGCUACGGUUUUUUCAUUACUUUCUUAGUAUGCAAGAAACACGACAAGAAGUACCAAACAUUGACACAUGUUUGGAGAUGGAAAUAUUGAAACAGAAAUACAGGCUGAAGGACCUCACUUCUCUCUUGGAAAAGCAGCAUGAACUCAUCAAGCUCAUUAUCCAGAAGAUGGAAAUCAUCUCGGAGACAGAAGAUGAAGAUAACCAUUGCUCUUUCCAAGACAAGUUCAAAAAGGAGCGGCUAGAACAAAUGCAUAGCAAAUGGAAUUUUGUCUUAAGUGCAGUUAAGACAAAAACACAUUCUUCUAUUAGCCAUCCAGACAUUUAGUGGGGUGUCCUAUGGGAGUGGGAGACUGCUUUACUUAUUUCAGUGAAUUUCAGUUUGGAAAAGGGGAAAGAAACAGAAGUUUGACUAAUGUCACUGCACAGGAGUUUCUAGUUCCUGGAACUUCUCCCCUAUUAUAUGCUCAUAUUUUCUGUCAAUCACUGUAUUGGGAACAUCCUUUCUGACAUGUUGAAAUUGAACUUUAAUGAAAGAUAAUUUCUUCUGAGUGAAUAAAAGAACAGGGUUGUUGGAAUACACAUUAUAAAAGACAAGAAAUAAUGUAACUAUUAUGGUAGGACACAAGUGUCAAUAUUACAUUUCUACUUAAUAACUACAUAAUACAAGAUGCAUAUAAUCCCACAUAUUAUAUUUAAUCUCCUACCAUGAUAAGCCUUCCUGUGUUAGAACCUGGGUGGGACACUGUAAUCUCUGUUUCUACUAUGAUUAAAUCAUAGCCACUCUCCUCGUCCCAUCAUAUAUGACAUCAUUUGGAGCCAUAAUAACAGAAGUCCCAGUUAGUAGAUUAUGAUAAGUAUGAAUGUUACAACAGAAAUGUGUUCCCUCCGUGUUUAUAUUUAUCAGUUGUGAGGCUUAAAUGAAAAACUUCGUCCACAAGGUCAUAUAUUUAAACCCUUUGUCCCAGUCAAUGCUGCUACUUACAGAGGCCACGCAACCUUGCUUGCUCUCUCCUUUCUGGAUGUGGACAGGAAUGUGGUCAGUCAGACUCCUGCUCCUCCUGCCAUGCCCUUUUCUCUAUUGUGGACUCUUUCUGAAACUGUAAGCAAAAAUUCAUUGUUUUUUCCUCAAAUUUCUUUUGGUCAUGAUAUAUCAUAGUGACAGAAAGUAACUUAAAUACCAAUGGUCUUAAUAAAGAGUAAAGCCUG